UUUUAUUGUGAAGUGAACUACCGUACUGGAGGCAAAGCGGAAGUGCGGGAGACUGUCCUCGCAAAUGCGACAACAAAUUUUGGAGGACCAGCGCCAAAGACGACUUUUGAGGACAGCUGUGGAUAGUUUUGCGUGAUCCGCGUGUUGACUGUUUGAUGUGUAGCUGAAUUGACAAGCGAGCACGAACCUGGGAAGUUAUUUUGUUCAAACGCCAAACUAUGUAAAGACUCGACAGCCAAACUAUGGCGUUUUGGAAGGUGUUAGGAGGGAACACCACUUUUGUUACGCCAUAACCUCUUCUCAAUAAUAUUAUCUUCCGUUAAGUAGCUGCAAAACGGGAACGGGAGGCGAGAAGGAUUCAUCUGGCUCAACAAUGAUGGAGUUAGCAGCGGCUCACCCAGCUCUCAAAGCCUUUAUGUGCGGCUCCCUCAGCGGAACCUGCUCCACGCUGCUCUUCCAACCUUUGGAUCUGGUUAAGACUCGGCUGCAGACCCUGCAGAACAAUGCCAAGCCAGGGACACCAAAAGUGGGGAUGUUCAGCGUUUUCAUCAAUGUGAUAAGAACAGAAAAUAUCUUUAGCCUGUGGAAAGGAGUUUCACCGUCAUUCGUUCGGUGCAUCCCCGGGGUGGGCAUCUACUUUAGCACCUUCUACUCCCUCAAGCAGCACUUCUUCCUGGACCGGGCGCCCAGUGCCUUCGAGGCUGUGUUGCUGGGAGCUGGCGCCAGAUCUGUGGCCGGUGUCUGCAUGCUGCCGUUCACUGUCAUCAAAACACGUUUUGAGAGUGGCUACUACAACUACGUGAGUGUGGCUGGUGCUCUGAGGAGUGUGUACGAGACGGAGGGAUGGAGGGCGCUGUUCUCCGGCCUCACCGCUACGCUGCUCCGAGAUGCCCCCUUCUCUGGAAUUUAUGUCAUGUUCUACAGCCAGGCCAAGAAAACACUCCCCCAAGAGGUGACAUCGUCAGUCUACGUGCCCCUUGUGAACUUCAGCUGCGGCGUGCUGGCAGGCGUCAUGGCAUCACUGGUCACACAGCCUGCAGAUGUGGUGAAGACCCACAUUCAAGUCAGCCCAUCACACUGGAGCACGCUGGAUGCUAUCCAUUAUGUGUACAGGGAACAUGGCUUUGGUGGGUUUUUUCGUGGGGCUGUUCCUCGAUCUCUCCGGCGCACACUGAUGGCUGCCAUGGCUUGGACUGUCUAUGAGCAGCUGAUGGCUCGAAUGGGCCUCAAAUCCUAAAGGGUUGGGCUACUUAUAGUAUUAUCUCAUGAAUGAAAAUAGUGUGAAUAGUCUGUGAAUGAGUGUGUUUGAUGAGAAAUUAUUCAACUGUUUGUGAAAAUGUGUAAUACACGAUCUUUCGGGAAUUUGAGGUCACAAAUGACAGUCAUGCUGUGAAAUGAACUUAUUCCUAUUCUUGAGUCUUGAUUGAACUUUACUGACGGUCAGACAAUGUGGCUCAUCGAAAAAAUAUUUCCAAAUUUCUUAAGCCUGCACCAGACUGAGCAGCAUUUCCUCCUUGCCAAUAAACCCUUCAUGAGGAUACAGGUUAUUCAAUCUUAGGCUCAGACAAUCACAGAUACACACAGCCUUUAUUACCAUAUACUAUGCUUUAAAAUGGGACAGUGCGACACUGUAAUAUUUACAGUUUUUAUAUUUAAAAUAGCCCAUUAUCUUUCUAAGGACACAUAGCUGUUAUUUCUUAAACAGGGUGUUAAGUUAUUAGAGUUAAACCUGGAACCUGUUGUUCUAUUUGCAGGACAAUAAGCGUGCAAUUUGCUCUAAUGUUCUUGUGAACACACUUACUUGUUAAAACAACUGAUGGCACUUUGCUGUACAUAGUAUUGUUGACAAUAAGAGAGGUGAUAUAUUAAUAUAACUAUUUGCAAGUGUCUGCAAGCACUGCCUUUUAAGAUGAUGUGUUAUAAUAUGUUUGUUUAUUGAAAGCUUGACCGCCGCUUAUGAAGACUGUGUCAAUGCAGUUACUGAUCACAUGAUGUUCUUGUAGUGACAUGUAGAAAGGAAGCAGUGUCUUAAUGUCCAAGUGUGUGUAUGUGUGUCACUGUGCAGUUAUUUCACUAAAUGGCAGUUCUGUAAUGACAUGCAGUCUUAGUUCAUUUUUGUGGUGACUAUAUCGUAUAUGGUCAUUGUUAUUGUAGAUAUUUGGUCUGUGCAGUGUUGAUUCUGACAUUGUGCCUGUUUUUAUGGUUAAUAAAGUUAGCUUUUUAAAUAAAUAAAAAGACAUUGUAAUUUAUUUUGAAAUAGUCAGAGGCAUGGUUAAAUAUGAGUGCAGUUCUGCCAACAUGUUUGAUUUUGUCUUACUCGACAUGCAAUUUGAUUAAUGUCAUCUUAAAUGACACACAUACAUUAUGGUUACUUGUACAAUGCUGGCCCACAAUAGAAUGUGUUGCAGCAGGAUUAGGCUUGUGUGAUCACAGUCUGAGCCCAUAGUGUGGAUGUUAGUUAUGAUGCUUACUAGUUCCAGGUAGUGUGCAUU